AUUGUUGAUUAUCAUGGAUAUGAAAAAUGAUUCAGGCUUAGGAGAUUUAGGGGGAGAUUGGGACAUCAUGGCAGUUGUCCCUUCGCUGCUGUUGAGCAAUUUCUCAUUCGAGUUAUAGUUGAACAACUUUAUAGUAGCGAAGUUGAAAUAAAAAGACGAAAUCUUAGAUGCAACACUAAGAAUUCUACCAUUCUCGACUAGUUUUCUGCAGGCUUUGACUUGGAAUUUUAGUAGGAAAGAAUGAUUUUCUGGCUUUAAAAUUGAACAAGAUGGAAACUUUUGCCAGGUUCUCCUGGUGAAAUAAACUACAAGGAAAGUUGGUCAAGUAAAAUGAUUUGCUGGGUUAGACUUUAUCAAAUUUGUCUCGUUGCCUUUGUUUUUUGUUAUAGAGAAGUGUUUGCCAACUGAAAUAAGGUCUACUCGACCUUAUUUAACAUAAUAAUAGUCUAAUUUGUAAGUUGAAUAGUUCAACAUCCAUCAUGAUUUAGAAAAACAAAUGUGAAAUGACCUGCAUUGUGCACAAUAUUUUGCCACCGUAUGAGCAUUUCACGCUUCCCGUUCAUCAACCUCAGCAUCACGGAGCCUCCAAACACUUUUUUGGCGAAGAAAAUCUCGCUGGUGUUCUUGCUGGUUCACUCGUUUCUGGUGUCCAGGUUGCCAUCUCAGCUUCUAACACAGGAGAGGCAUGGGAUAAUGCCAAGAAAUACAUACAGAGGCUGGUGCAUAUGAGCAUGCUACAGGCACUGGGUCCUAAGGGCUCUGAUGCUCACAAGGCUGCUGUCAUUGAUGACAACGUUGGAGAUCCACUCAAGGAUAUGGCAGUGGAGUCUCUGGUGUUUGCUCCAUUUUUUGCCACUCAUGGAGGCUUGCUGUUCAAAUUGCUGUAAUUUCGAUCCAUCAAGCAAGCCAUCAUGCUAAUUCUAGUGCAUUGAAAAAAUAUGAAGCAAAAACCAGUCUGUAGAUGCUAUUGAGAUUAUGUACAGUUGAAAUAUAUUAUUUUCAUAGCA